UGCCGUCGUUUCGUCGCAUUUCGAAAACAGCCAGCGACGAAAACGGUGCCCUUUUCACAGUGCGCGCGUGAUCCAUACAAUCAAGGUUGGAAUCGACAUAAGAAAAAAAGAACAGUGUACACUUUCAAUAAUUGAGCGUGGAUUAGAAUCUCGUUUCUGGUUUUCCAGGAAUUGCUGGCUCAAGCGAGCGAGAGAACCGACAAGCGCGACAAGUGGCUGCUUCUGGAGCACGUGGGGGAUCUCGUACGAAGCGAUACCGCUUUAUUUAUCUAAUCGUCUGGCCCGAAGGGGCCGAUUGCGAAUCGAAUCGAAUCGAACAGCUGCCCAAAAAGCGUCCUCCCAACGCGUGAGAAUUGAACAAUCGAGUGCGGAAAAAAUCCCACCGCUGCUUGGAGGAAAAAUAACUUUGUGUGUUGCACAGCAGCAGCUGGUGAGUGAUACGAAAAUAAAAUUAAAAGUAUUUCCACGAGUCAUUAGCAUUCAAGAGGGAAGAACAAAAGGCGUUUGUGUUCGUGUGUACGAGUGUGUGUUUUUGUUUAAACUCAGACGAAGUAAAAAAAACGAGUGCUUGCAGUUCGCGGAAAACCUCAGCAACCUGUGGCAGAAAAAUAAGCACGUUUUGUUACGGCAGCUGAGAACAGAAAAAGUGAUUCCAGACAGCAAACAAGAGACACUAAAAUUUUCCAAAUUCAGUGGAAACGCCCGGUCGAAAACGAAAAACAGAAACGCAGAAACAAAUCAAAGAUUCAUCGGCGGUGAUUUUGACUCGUGUCUAAACACUGAUAAGCAGCGGACAACAGUGUUGUGUUGCGAGAGAAGUGAAAAUUGGACCGCCCCUCGUCUGGAACGACGACAACAAACAGACGUCAUCGCAGUGUUUUUGUUGUUGCUGCUGCUGAUAAGAAAGCAAGUUGCGCAAACUUGUCUGUUUCGAAAAAAUUAAGCGAGAAGACCGGAAAGCGUACGCGGACAACAAAGACAGACAGCGCACGAGGAGGAACUGGAUUUUUUCGGUUUUCUAAAUCUCUCAUGACAUAAGUGAAGAUCUUUUUACCGGACGUAUUUGCAGCUCCAUGUAAUUGAUCGAUCGCCGUGAAUCACUUUUAGCCCAUUUGUUGAGUAGACAGCCAACCCCGAGCGCCAUGUUACCGCAGCAGUAUUGCCUCCGGUGGAAGUACCACCACAGUAACCUGCAGACCAUGUUUUCCCAGCUGCUCGAUCGCGGUUGCUUCUGUGAUGUGACGCUGGCCUGCGAGGGCCAAACGAUCCGUGCCCACCGCGUGGUCCUUUGCGCCUGCAGUACCUACUUCGACCAGCUGCUGACCAACUGCAGCACGACGGAGAAGGAUCCGAUCAUCAUCAUGCGCGAUGCCAAAUUCGAGGACAUCAAGUGCCUGAUCGAGUUCAUGUACAAGGGCGAAAUCAACGUGGAGCACGGGUCGUUGGCUUCGCUGUUAAAAACGGCCGAGGAGCUGCGAAUAAAGGGUCUCGCAGAGGUUAGCUGGCGGGACGAUGAGAACGGUAGCACUGCAGGCAGUGAUGCCAGCGGAAGCAAUAAUAACAACAACAAUAGUAUGAGUGUGAAAAAUGGUAACACUACAGGCGGGAAUAAUAACAAUAAUAAUAACAACAACAACAGUAUUAAAAUUGUGGAAACUAAAAAGCUGCUUGCACCACAGCAUACGCUGGCGGCAGCGGCAGCAUCCUCGCUAACGCCAUUGACGGUGAGCAGCCUAGAGAGUCGUAUAUCCGACUCCCCCAAUCUGCCACUGUUGACUCCACUGGCGGCAGGUUCUCCCCGGAACCCGGCCAACUGCGCUUCACCAAUCAACAACUACUUUGGCAACAAGAAGAAACGUGGGCGGCCUCCACUGGAUGAAGAGUACGAUACCUUCCAACAGCUACCAAAAAUCUCCCACGUUGAAGGUGGUGCAGGAAGUUCUACUCCGUUCACCUCAAGCUCGCAGCUGGUUGCGGUCAUGAUGGACGACAGUUCCAACGAGCAACCAUCGAACCAUCGGGACGAUCACCAGCAAAACCACCUUCAGCAGCAACAGCAGCACCAGCAGCUGAGCUCCGCUGCGGCUUCCUAUCUGGAGCAGCAGAGCCGAACGAUUCCACCGGAAGCCCUGCAUGGUAUGGAGUUCGACGAGGAUGCCCACAUUCCGCGGAAGUUAAUCCCGAAGCUGGAGCGACCGGAUACCCCGCAGGAUUAUAUGGCAAGCAUCGGAGCCAAGUUCGAGUACGAUGACCAAUCGCCUCCCAGUCCGAACGAUCAGAACACUUCCGUCUUUUUGACUGCCCAGGAGCAGGAGGAGUGGAAAGAUGUCGUCAAGAUGAACGACUAUCUGACGAAAGGCCGCCGGCCGCAGUUCUGGGAGGAACCGUUCACCAAGCGGGUUAUGGAUGGCAUCAAGAACAAAACGCUCGAGAUGAAAAAGGCCGCCAAGCUGUUGGGUGUCUCCUACGGUACGCUGUACGGGCGGUAUCGGGAGACGUACGGUUGCCUGAAGCAUCCCUAUCGGGGACCAUUCAUGGCGGCAUCCCGAAUGAACAACAUGUGGCCAGCGGCAAACGAGAGCCCUAGCGUGGGGACUACCACCGACAUCAUCACGAUGCUGCAGCGAGGCAUUAUCAGCCUGCCACGGGCGGCAGAACUCAUGCACACUACCCCCUCGACCAUCAGCAGCUACCUGGAGCAACUCCAGGAAGUGACGGCGCAUUCCGAUCAUGAUACCCUGGCUGCUUUGAGUGCCAACACCAGUUCCGAUGACGACCGAGCCCACCAUCAGAUGCCAACCAUGUCGCUAAUGUCCUCUCACGUUGAGCAACAACAGCAGCAGCAGUUGCGGGUCAAACCGGAAAUCAGCAUAUCCGCCCUGAAGAAAAACCUACCCGCAGCUGCGAGCGGCGGCGGUAGCAGUGGCAACAGCAGCAGCAGUAGUAAUAUCCUUAACAACAGCAGCGGCAGCAACGGAGGCAGUCUAGCUAACGCAUUAAGCGCUAUUCCAUCCACUUCCGCUGCCGCGCAGUAAUCAUACCGGCUUACAACUCUGGUAGGAAGCAUGCCAUAAAAUGUUGAACUUUUUAUAGCAUACUAAAAAAUAGUGUGGUUACUGUUGCGGGAAACGAAACUGUAAGCUGUUGUGACUUUCCACGAGCGGCACGGAAAUGUUAAAUGUGAUUUUUUUGUGAACUAUUUUAAAGUUUAGCUUGUAGAUUUGCAGAACAUUUCAAUUUCGAUUCGUUCAUUCUACUUCGUUCGAGGCGAUGCCAUUUCUGAUUUUGUUUUAGUUCCGUUCUAAAGCGGGGUGAACGGAACAUUUCCAUUCAUUCGUAGCUGAAUUUAAACUUUAGUUCAACACCCCCGGACUAGUUGUGUAUACUACCAGCUCUAUAAUAGGUUUAACAGAGUUCCAGGAGCCGUUAGUUUCGUUUUUAAUUAGUGAGAAUCUUGCGUACUUCAUCCAUCUGUUUAGGAUUAGGGAAAAAGGUGCUUAUUUCAUAUUUCCACUAUAUUUUCUUUUUUUUGUAUAAGGAGAAAGGUCUGUUGUUAUAGAACCAAUGCCAUCUCGUAGAGGUUAGGCUAGUUUAAAUCGGAGAAAUACCUUACCGGAUAAUCUGCCAUUGCAAUUCCAGCAGGAGCUAUUAUGAGUAGCCAAAUUAUAAUUUUUAUUCUGGUUUAGUUUCUUACUUCUGUGCGAAAAUAUCGACUGAUCUGUGAAGUGUUAGAUAGGCAGUUAUAUACUCCAAAUCAAAAGAAACAAACCAUGCGAACGGUUUAGGCAAAAAACAUUCCUCGUCCACUUUGCUGAAAGAACAAACAAACAAACAAUCCAUUCGAUUAGUGCGUAAAACGAUAAACUACAGUGUGGUUUCUCUUUUCUAAGGUUUUUUUUCGCGUUCGUGUAACUUAUCUAAAAAAAAUAGAGUAUACAUACACAAAUACUGCAGAAAAACAAAUACAAAAACUUUACAGUAAAAACAAACAAACACACAAAACGGUAUUCUUAUUUUCUAGAAUUGCUCUACAAACAAACAACACAAACACAAAUCAUAACUAAUAAUAGUAGCAAGUAUAAUUUCACAACACUGUUGUAGAACAAACAUAAGCCGAAUGAUUCUUUAGUUUUCAUCAAAGGUCAACAAAAUUGCCCUCCCCAUUUAUAUCUAAACACAUAACAACGGAAUGUGCAAUCACUCUACACUAGCUAAAAUAAUACACUACAGAUGAAGAGAAAUGAAAUAAAAAUUAUAGAACAGCCCGAAACGGACUUGAGCAGCACAUAAAAAUAUUUAAUCACCGAUUAAGGUAAGGUUACACACUAGUAAUAAGAGUCACGCGAGUAAGAUAUACGGAAGAAAAAAAAAUGAUAGUAGGCGCAGUAGGCGAUGAAGACAUAUUUAAAGUGAAAAAAUAUAUACGGAAGCAAAGUAUAGAACGUCAAAAUGUGCCUGAAUGGUUUCCCCAAAACUACAAAUAUUAAACUAAAGUUUCAGUAGAGAAACAUAAAAGGACAGACAGCAAGUACAGUAAGCGAAAAUAUGGUGAGCAGAUACUAUUUCCUGGUUUUUGAUUAUCGUCCGUUUGUUCCUUUGUUCCCGUUGUCGUAACUGUAUAGGUAAUCGUGUCUAAGCAAGCAAAAUGAUGUAUUUAUCAGUAAAAUAUCGAAAUCAACAGCAGGAUUUGCGUACUAUGUGGAUAAAACUAUAGAGGAAAACGUGACACUGAAUAAAUAAGAACGGAAUUAGGAAGGAGAUUUGAAACUGAA